AUGCCCAACAGUCCGUGGACCGACGCCGCCGACCGUCAACUCCUUUUGGCCAUCAUCCACCUCACAGCACCUCAGCUGCCAAAAUGGGACCAAGUCGCCGACUUGAUGGGUGAUGGCUUCACGGCUGAGUCCGUCCGCCAGCACUUCCAAAAGCUGCGUAAGGAGUCCAAAGCCGAGCUUGGCGAUGCCACUGGGGUAGCUGCCAAUGAGAAGGGUAACUUGCCUACCAACAGUACUCCUCGCAAGCCGAAGGUCGCGAAGGAUGCGACACCGGCGAAGUCGACGGGCAAGCGUAAGGGUAUGAAGAACCUAGGCCAUGAUGGGGACGAUGACGAGGAUGAUGCUAGUCCUAGCAAGAAGGUCAAGGGUGAGGAUGCUGCUGAGAACGAUGUCUUCAACUGA